AUGGCUACACCCACUGUCCUCACUUUUGACGCUGAGGGUCGAGCCAUUGACUUUGAGGUCUGGCUCGACGACCUGCAGCUGUUUUUACAGUGCGACAGGGCCGACAGUCUGUCUCUCUUUGACCUCACCUCUGGCGCUGUCCCUGCCCCUGCUGCUGAUGCUGACGCCACUGUUCGCUCUCAGUGGGCCACACGCGAUGCUGCUGCACGUCUUGCUGUGCGUCGCCACCUGCCUACCGCUGAGCGCGCGCACUUUAGCCAGUACAAGAGUGCUCAGACCUUGUACGACGCUGUAGUUGCGCGCUACUCCUCCCCUGCCACUGCUGCACUGAGCCGCCUCAUGCUCCCCUUCCUCUUCCCUGACCUUGCCGCCUUUCCCAAUGUCGCUGAUCUCAUCACGCACCUCCGCACUAGUGACACUCGCUACCGCGCUGCACUUCCUGCUGACUUCUGCGCCAAGAACCCCCCCCCCAUGUACAUCACUCUCUACUUCCUAGUCACUCGCCUCCCUGACUCCCUUCGUGUAGUCCGGGACCACUUCCUUGCGGUCUGUCCCACCACCCUCACAGUCGACAGCCUCGAGAAGGCCCUUCUUGCAGCAGAGAAGAGCAUAGUUGCUGUAGGAGCCUCUCGAGGUGACCCCCGCGCCCCCAUCUUUGAGGGGUGUUCUCCUUCCCCUCUCCUGCCCUCUGUCGCCUCUGCCGCUGCGGCCGACCUCGUUGGUCUUGAGUCGGUCGGUGCGGCGUCUGCCCCUAGCGGGAGACGCCGCUCUGGCAAGGGCAAGGGGGGCAAGGGAGCGGGUGGGGCCAGUGGGGGCGGUGGCGGUGGAGGUGGAGGCGGCGGAGGGAGUGGGGGUGGCGGUGGAGGUGGUAGUGGGGGUGGGGGUGCUAGUGGCAGCGGUGGCGGCGGGAGUGGCGGCGGCGGUGGCGGUGGUAGCGGAGGUGGCGGAGGUGGCGGCGGUGGAGGUGGAGGCGGGGGCGGUGGAGGCGGAGGCGGGGAUGGCGGAGGUGGAGGUGGUCGGAGUGGGGCUUCGCAGCGGAGCGCCACUGGUGGCGGUCAGCGCCAACAGCAGCAGCAGCAACGUUCUCGCGACGUCCUCACCCCUCAGCAGCUCCGUGAGUGGUACACGCAGCGUCAGCGCGGUGGGGGUUUUGGUCCCUGCACCUACGUUCUCCGCACUGGCGACCGCACUGGAGAGCAGUGUGGGGGUGCCCACCCCGCUCAGCGCUGCUUUGGCCGCCUGACAGACGCUUGGCGUCAGCAGUUCCCGGAGGCCGCGGAGAUCCCCCGCUGGGGAGAGCUGUCUAGGGCUGGUGUAGCUAUCUUUGAUCUUGAUUUUGAUGCUAUCCUUGCUGCCAUGUAUGCUGUGACCACUAGUGAGGAGGGUGACUGUUACCGGUGUUUCCCGCCCGACCCGGGCAUUGGUACUGCUGCUCCAGGUGCCGGUGAGGCUUCUGCUCUAGGUGCCAGUGCGUCUGUACUCUCAGGUACUCGUGAGACUGCUCUCUCAGGUACUAGUGCGUCUGCGCUCUCAGGUACUGCGGCGGCUUCGGCCUCCCACACCUUCACUCUUGACUCUGGAGCGUCUCGCUCUCUCUUUCGGGACCGCACCACACUUACGCCGCUUAGUCGGCCGGUUGCGGUUUCCCUGGCUGACCCCUCUGGGGGUCCUGUCCUGGCUCGCUUCUCCACGGUCCUGCCGUGUCCGGCGGCUCCCUCUGGCACCCUGUCUGGUCUCUACCUCCCCUCGUUCUCUACGAACUUGGUGAGUGGUGCUGACCUACAGGAUGGGGGAGUCCACCAGUUCACCCCUGCUAGUCAGCGAGUGACGCACUGCACGGAGGCUAGCACGGGUCGUCACCUGGCUACGUUUACAUGUCACCCAGGGUCGAGCCUGUACACACUGACCACAACUUCUCCUCCAGGUGCUGAGUCUGGUAGAGUCCCUUCGUCUGGUCAGGUGUUUGCUGCAGCGUCCAGGUCUGGUCCUGAGUCUGCCCCCUGUUCGUGUCGCCGUCUGUCUCACGAGACCCUCCUCUGGCACCACCGUCUUGGCCACCCCUCUCUGCUUCGGCUCAGAGGCAUGGCCUCCCGUCUUCUUGUGUCUGGUCUCCCCUGGUCUCUACCUCCCCUUCCUCAGGGCCCUGGCCCUGCCUGUGUCCCCUGUGUAGAGGGGCGCCAGCGUGCUGCCCCCCACUCCUCCCAGUUUCCUCCGACAGAGGCUCCGUUGCAGACGCUUCACAUGGACGUGUGGGGCCCUGCCCGCGUCCGUGGACUCGGUCACGAGCGCUACUUCCUGCUGGUGGUUGACGACUACUUGCGUUACACCACAGUCUUCCCCUUGCGCAGCAAGGGUGAUGUCAGUGAGGUGCUGAUCGACUGGAUCCGCGCAGCUCGUCUCCAGCUCAGGCAGAGCUUUGGCUCGGACUUUCCUGUGUUGCGUCUGCACUCGGACAGAGGCAAAGAGUUCUCCUCUGGCCUUAUGCGUGCCUACUGUCGUGCGCGUGGCAUCCGCCAGACCUUCACGCUUCCGGACUCCCCGCAGCAGAAUGGGAUUGCAGAGCGCCGCAUUGGCAUGGUCAUGGACGUCGCUCGUACGUCCAUGAUGCAUGCGGCUGCCCCCCAUUUUCUGUGGCCGUUUGCGGUCAGGUACGCAGCGCAUCAGAUCAACCUCCACCCCAGGGUCUCCAGGCCGGAGACCUCCCCAGCGCUGCUGUGGACGGGGAAGGUUGGCGAUGCGUCGGCGUUCCGGGUCUGGGGAUCUUGGGCGUUUGUCCGCGACUUGUCUACGGACAAGCUGUCCCCUCGCGCUGCUCCCUGCGUCUUCCUGGGGUUCCCCCCCGACACCCCCGGGUGGCAGUUCUACCACCCCACCUCUCAACGUCCCCCCCCGGUAGACCCCCUUCCCCCUCAGGGUCCUGCCCCUUCAGGUGUGUCCCAGGUAGACGCGGUCGAGCCUGUCGAGGUCACUGGUGACUCUGGUGCGGCUGCGGGAGCUGAGCCUUGGGGUGCUGAGACUGGAGGUGCUACGCCGGUGGGUGCUGAGCCUGGGGGUGCGGAGUCUGGAGGUGCUGAGCCUAGGGGUGCUGUGCCUGGGGGUGCUGAGCCUGGGGGUGCUGAGCCUGGGGGUGCUGUGUCUGGAGGUGCUGAGCCUGGGGGUGCUGUGCGUGAGGGUGCUGAGCCUGGGGGUACUGAGCCUGGGGGUGCUGAGCCUGGGGGUGUUGAGACUGGGGGUGCUCCGCCUGGAGGUGCUUCGUCUCGCCGAGAGCCACUCUCCCCUCAGGAGCUACGUGAGUGGUUUGCAAGACGCUGGAGGCGUGCUGCUGGUGCUGGAGGUUCUUCGGUUGCAGGCGGUACUGCUGCCGAGCGUCCCGGCGGUGCUCGUACUGUGGGUGCUGGAGCUGCUGGGUCUGAGGUUUCUCCUGGAGCUGGUGCUGCUGAGGGUGUUGACGCUGAGACUGCCGCUGGAGGUCCGACUGGCGGUGCUCCUGGUGGUGCUGCUGGAGGUUCUGGAGCUACUGGAGGUGCUGCUGGAGCGGGUACUCCUGGUGAGGGUCCUGGUGCUGUCCCUCCUGUUUCUAGCGUCGCCACGCGGCCCCGGCCGUACUUCGUUCCGCUCCUGCAGCAGGUUCUUGGUCUUACACCUUCUCCUGGUCCUCCUCCUCCUCCCUUAGAGGGUCCACAGCCUGUCUCGUCACAGUCACAGCUACAGCCUGCCUCCCCUUUGCCUGCUCCUUCUCCCUACGCUGGUCCGACUAGAGGUCUUACUGAGCGUCGUGAGCCUGCGUCUCGUCCUACGUCGCCUGUUCGUACUGCGCGCGCUAGUUGUCGCGGUUCGCGUCAGCGUCCUCCUCCUAUCCCUGGCACGCACCGGAUGUCUCUGCGUCCGUCCACUGCUCCUCUGCGUGCCCCUUUGCCUUCUCCUCCUGCUUCCUCUCUUCCUGCUCUUGCCGACCCGGAGUCGGACUCUCUUCGUGCUGCCAGUCCUACUGUCACGCGUCUUCUUGCUACUGCUGUCACUGACCCUUUUUUCGAGUCUUCUGCUGCGUCUGCCCUUGUCACUGAGCUCGUCGACUUUGCUGCGCGCUAUCGCCUAGACUACGCUGCUAGUCUUGUCGCUGAGUCUGAGUCUGCCUGUCCUCCGUCCGUCGGGGGUGAGUGUGCCCUUGGCACGGACGUCCUUGAGGACAGGCAGGAGGAGUUCCAGUGUCUGGCCGCCGCUUCACCUCAUCUCGCGUCUGUAUCGCUAGCCCCUGAGGGAGACCCGGAUGCACUAGAAAUCCCAACUCCGCGCUCUUACGCGGAGGCGAUAGAGGGUCCCUACUCCUCUCAGUGGCAGGCAGCUAUGGAUGCAGAGAUGGCUUCCUGGAAGUCCACAGGCACCUACGUCGACGCUGUUCCCCCUCCUGGGGCGAACAUCGUCAGUGGCAUGUGGAUUUUCAGGGUGAAGCGGCCGCCAGGUUCUCCGCCUGUCUUCAAGGCGCGUUACGUGGCUCGUGGCUUCAGUCAGCGGCAGGGGGUUGACUACUUUCAGACCUUCUCCCCCACCCCAAAGAUGACCACUCUUCGGGUACUGCUGCACGUUGCUGCUCACCGUGACUACGAGCUGCACUCUCUCGACUUCAGCACAGCUUUCUUGCAGGGCAGCCUGCACGAGGAGAUCUGGCUGCGCCGCCCACCUGGCUUCACUGGGUCUUUCCCUCCUGGUACCCAGUUGAGUCUCCGGCGUCCAGUCUACGGUCUCCGCCAGGCGCCACGUGAGUGGCACGACACACUGAGGACUACGCUUGCGGCACUUGGGUUUGCUCCUUCUACUGCCGACCCGUCGCUGUUUCUGCGCACCGACACCUCUCUGCCGCCGUUCUACAUCCUCGUGUACGUCGACGACUUGGUCUUUGCCACAGCGGACACUGCUGGACUCGCUUACGUGAAGUCCGAGCUGCGGAAGAGACACACGUGCACUGACCUGGGUGAACUGCGUAGCUACCUUAGCUUGCAGAUCACCCGGGACAGAGCACGCCGCACCAUUACCCUGACUCAGUCACACAUGGUGCAGCAGGUCCUUCAGCGCUUCGGCUUCACGUACUCCUCGCCUCAGGCCACUCCUCUGCCUACUCGCCACUCGCUCUCAGCUCUGCCUUCGGAUGAGUCUGUAGAGUCGAGUGGCCCGUAUGUAGAGCUUGUUGGCUGCCUCAUGUACCUGAUGACCUGCACACGACCUGACCUCGCAUACCCUCUCAGCAUUCUCGCACGCUAUGUUGCUCCUGGGAGACACCGACCAGAGCACAUGGCUGCAGCGAAGAGGGUGUUGCGCUACUUGUGCAGUACGUCGGGCAUGGGGCUAGUGCUUGGAGGGCGCAGUCCAGUGGUCCUCACUGGGCACGCGGACGCUUCUUGGGCUGACGACCAGGCUACACAGCGGUCGUCACAGGGUUAUACCUUCAGCCUUGGUUCCGGCUCUGUCUCGUGGCGGGCUACUCGCUCGUCUUCUGUUCUCGGCUCCAGUUGUGAGGCUGAGAUCUACUCCGGGGCUAUGGCUGCUCAGGAGCUUCGCUGGCUCACCUACCUGCUGACCGACCUUGGAGAGCCGCCUCGUUCUCCUCCAGUCCUGUACGUAGACAACAAGGCCAUGCUGGCCUUGUGUCGAAAGCAGCGAAUUGAGCACAGGACAAAGCACAUUGCUCUCCGCUACUUUCUUGCUCGUGAGCUGCAGCAGCGUGGACAGUUGCGACUUGCGUACGUGGCCUCUGAGGCCAACACUGCUGAUGUCUUCACCAAGGCACUUGCGCCUUGUGAUCAUCAGCGUUGCUGCACGCAGCUGGGUCUUGUGCCUGUCUUGUCUCACUUGCUCACUUCUUGA